AUGGCCGAAGCAAACACGUACUAUCGCACAGCAGUAUGGGAUGGCGUCGAACUUGAUGAUCUUCCGCCUCCUGUUUUUGUUCCAUUCGCAAACCCAAUUCGAGAAGCGAGGCCACCAAUCACUUUGCCUUAUACAGAGGAGCAGCUGGAGUACAUGGCGCGCGAAUUCCACGAUCUGGGUCCGGGAUGGAAAGGUACAAAAUAUCUGGGAGAGGGUACGGCCCAACUAGCUGUUUUUGAACAUGCAGAGACAGGACGUAGUCUAGUGGUCAAGGAGCUGUCAGAGAUCAAUGAGAACCCCGGGAAGCUUGACCUUAAGGGUGAGGGAGAUUUCUCAACGAUUCUUUCGGUAAGAGGCUCAGCGCAUAUCAUCGGACUGGAAGCCUCUUCAUCACCCAUCAUGGCAAGUGACGAAGGUCUUGGACCUGAGUGGGACGGCGUGACAAGGAGGUUAUACUUGGAGACCGGGCCAUUGGGCUCUGCUCAGCAGUUAUUGAAUAAAAGAAUAGAUGAACAGAAAUUCUUUUCAGAAGCUACCCUGUGGCUGUUUUUUGAUUGUCUGAUAGAUGGAUGUACGGCUAUGGAAUACGCGGGAGGAGAGUUCCUCGAAGAUAUGGUCAAUGGUACUAUUGUUUCUCCAAUCUCGGAUGAAGAGAGAGAAGAUUGGGUACCCGUAGUUCACUUUGAUAUAAAACCAGACAACAUCUUCCUCGGUAAUAAAAGCGAGCCAGACCACCCCUAUACUCCCGUCUUCAAAAUGGGAGAUUUUGGGAUAAGUAGACAAAUGCCAAGAGGAAGGUCGGGACAAUUGUAUGCCGAUCAAUGCGAGAAGAUGAGGACUUAUGGAACAAAUCCUUACUACGCUCCUGAGCAAUUUACAGCAGGAUGGGACUACAAGGGGUACGAAAAUGAUCCAACAGUUGGGAAUUACGACUGGCGCACCAACGUUUGGGGCAUUGGAUGCGUUAUGUGGCAACUAGCAAUGCUUGCCCGAAGGCCACCAAAAGCAUCCGAGCCCUUCCUUCCAGAGCGUAUGCUCAACGGGGCUGUUCCUAAAGGUAAUACCUAUGGGAAGAACUUAGACGCACCAGAGUAUGCAUACAGCAAGACUCUGAAAGAUACGAUUUUCGAAUGUCUAUACUCAAAUCGGACUCAUCGGCCUGAGCUAAUCAGGCUGAAAGAUAUUGCCAUUGAUGGAUAUCUAGCAGCUAUUGAAGUUGCGCCUAUUGAUAAUUGGGCGGACUUUCUGGUUCCAGAACCUAGGGAUGUCACUUUGUAUGCAUGUACCUGUAGGGCGGUAUUGCAGAGAGGUCCAAGGAGAGGACAGGCGUGUGGAAAGAAAGCGGUGCCGCCUAAGCAAGAACAACGGGCCAUUGACGCUAUGCUGCCGAGAUGCAAAGCGCAUCCCAUUGAUCGCUUUCCCAAUGCUAUUUGA